GAGAGAGAGAGAGAGAGAGAGAGAGAUGAUGUUGUUGAAGAUUGGUGGUGGCACAGCCAUGGCUGUCCCUCGUAGAACUUUAUGGAGGAGACCCAUGUGCUUGGCUUCCAACGUCGACACCGAGCAGCUGCGUGUUCAACUCGUUCAGCUCCAUUCUGAGGCUGAGAGCGCCAGAGGCAAAGCAAACAAUGCAAGGUUGAGGCUUCUUCGACUGUCAGAGACAGCUGAGAAUCUUAAAAGGCAAGCAGCAAUUAAUGUCCAAACUGGGAAGGAAGAUGAUGCAAGGGAACUACUCUUUCAGAAGAAAAAGGUCAUAGAAGCAUUGGAGAAGUCCAAAAAACGCAUAGAAUUGCUUGAUGAGCUUUCCUCAAAGCUUAAUGAGGCGAUUUCUCUAAAAGAAAGGCAGCUAAUUGGGAAUGUUACUUUGGAUCUAGAAGUUGUCAGAGAUGAUACUUUCAGUCCAGUUCGAAUUGUAUCCCCAACACCAGAUGUUGCAGAAGAUUUGGAGGAGGGCAAAGAAUUGGCCUCUAAUGAUCUGAAGCUCAGUAAUGAUGAAGAAAAGCCGCUUCUUGCAGAGAGCCAAGCAAGCAUACCUGUUGAGCUAGAAGGGGAGGAUCUUCGUGAACCUUUAAAUAAGGGAGCUUGGAAUGAAGAUGAAAUAAUUACUAGCUUGAAGGGAAUAACCUCUUUUGAGAAAUUCUUGGAACAUCUGGAUCAUCAACUUAACAAAAUUGAAGCAGAACUUGUCACUAUUUUAAGAAUCUCAACCUUGGUAGUGGACAGCCAGGAGAAACCAAAAUUUUUUAAGGUGCAACAAAUAAUGGAACUUCUUGAGGGUAUCGCUGGCAUUAGACAGAGAAUUUCAAGUAUCAAGAUGGCAAAUGUGGAGAUCAGAUAAAGCUUCAAUUGUUUUAUUGUCUCUGGAAUCUGGUAGCCCAAGCAUUAAUAAAUCUCUAAGGAAAGCUCCACCUCAUGUUGUGAACUUAUGUGUGCAUAGUGCGAUACAGUUUGUCAAAGGAUUGCAAAGCAAUAAACAGCUACUUCAUUGCUUCAGCAAGAUUUGGGGAUUGAAUGAAUUUUAGCAGACAUCAUCUAUAUUUCCUUGAAAAAGGUGCUCAACCUACAGGAACUGUUCAUGAUAUUUCAAAAAAGACGGGUUUUUACAGAGCUUCGCCUUAAUCAACAAACAAAAGUAAUAUUAGUUGCUUUGCCCAUAGUAUUUGAUUGAUGCCUAUCCAAUUUCAAAUGUCAUUCAUUUCAGCUGCCUUUCAUGCCCUUGCUUCUAUUGUAAAAUGUUUUGUUUGCAUUAGAUAAUGUAGUUGAGCAGGCUGUUUAUGUUCCAUACCUGAAUUCUGCGCAGCAAUUCUUGUUCUUUUGAUAAACUCACAGAUUUUCUAGAACAGAGAAUGUAAGUGAACUUUCAUUAAAAUUGUAGGGAUUGCCAGAUGACUUCAGUAAACGAAACGAGCAAGUAACAAUGAAAUGAGAUCUUUGAGUACUCAUUUUUAUUUGCAAUUUGGAAGUAUUUACAAAAGAAUUGAAUUGGGUUUUUCUUCUUUGGAGUGAAACCACCAAAUUCAUGUGCCUAGUUCUACCUCUAUAUACCUGUAUAUUGAAAAAUUCAGCACUCUCACAGUUUGCUUCCAUUAAUUGCAGGAGCAAGUUCUGUAUCAUGCUUCAGUCCUUCAGUCUUUCCAUUGAGGAAAUCAUUCGGGAAUUAAGUCACCUGUUACCUUCCAUUAGAUGUACGCCACCAACCCGUUGAGCAGGAUAUCAAUGAACCCGAAACCGACCAAGAUGAAGAAACAGGUGAAGAGCUUGGUAAGCGUGGUUUCCGGAACAAUGUCGCCAUAUCCAAUGGUGCAGAGCGUGACCACAAUGAAGUACAGAGCGUCCACAGGCUUGUAGGUUUCUUGGCCCUUGAAAUUUGCACUGGUUGUACAGAAUAUGACAAUGCCAAUUAUGACAUACACAAUGACACCGAUGAAGGCUUGGCGGACAAUUAAAGGGGUUGAUUUAGGGGACGGCCUAGGAUCCACAGAGUCUCGAAUUGGCACCCGGGCGUCGGUAAACACCGAUGGCGCCGAGUGUGACCGGUGUUGGAGCUUCCUCUUCUUGUUCUUGUUCAAGUUGAGAAUGAGAUUGGCAUAAGAAGAAGAGUUUGGUGUUGUGAUAAUGGGAACAAUAACAUCACCGCCUGUGAGGAGCUGAGCAGUUGAGAGACGCCUGGAUGGACCAACAUCAAGGUAUGCUGAGGAGGGGAAGGAGCUUCUUGGUGUUCUGCCUCUGCUAGGCUCUUGCUGAUCUUCGCCGCCAACGCCAAGUCUUGUUUCAAUCUUGGGAAGAAAAGAUUCAUCCAUGGUGAUUGGCUCUGUAUGUAUUUCACGAAACUAAAGAUUCAAAGUCUUGGUAUUA